GCCUUCCUCAGUCGCCGUGCCCAGGCCUGCCCAGCGCUAGUUGCUGCUGCUGCUGCACCGCCCGCUGCCUCUGUAACCCGAAGCCGCUGCCGGCCACGUUCCUGUUUCGCCAUGGAGGAUUAUCACAAGCCCGACCAGCAGAAGCUGCAGGCCCUGAAGGACACGGCGAAUCGGCUCCGCAUCAACUCCAUCAAGGCCACCACCGCGGCCGGAUCCGGCCACCCUACAUCAUGUUGCAGUGCUGCCGAAAUUAUGUCCGUGCUGUUUUUUCAUACCAUGAGGUAUAAACCGCAGGACCCCAGAAAUCCCAACAAUGACCGGUUUGUUCUCUCUAAGGGUCAUGCAGCACCAAUCUUGUAUGCAGUUUGGGCUGAAGCAGGAUUCAUCCAUGAAUCAGAAUUAUUAAACCUGAGGAAAAUUGAUUCCAUUUUGGAAGGCCACCCUGUGCCAAAACAAGCAUUCACUGAUGUAGCUACUGGAUCGCUUGGUCAAGGAUUAGGUGCUGCAUGUGGUAUGGCCUACACUGGGAAGUACUUUGACAGAGCCAGUUACCGGGUGUAUUGUGUCCUUGGGGAUGGAGAAUUAUCAGAAGGUUCUGUUUGGGAGGCAAUGGCUUUUGCUGGCUUCUACAAACUAGAUAACUUGGUUGCUAUUCUGGACAUUAACCGACUGGGACAAAGUGACCCUGCUCCUCUGCAACAUCAUGUUGACAUCUACCAAAAACGUUGUGAAGCCUUCGGCUGGCAUGCUAUCAUUGUUGAUGGGCACAGCGUGGAGGAACUGUGCAAAGCCUUUGGCCAGGCUAAGCACCAGCCGACUGCGAUUAUUGCCAAGACUUUUAAAGGCAAAGGAAUAACAGGUGUUGAGGACAAGGAAAAUUGGCAUGGCAAGCCUCUUCCCAAAAACAUGGCUGAGCAAGUCAUUCAGGAGAUCGAUGACAGAAUCCAGAACAAGAAAAGGCUAUCUCCGGCUCUUCCACAAGAGGAUGCGCCAGUGGUUAACAUCAAGAACGUUAAGAUGCCAUCUCCACCAAACUACAAGCUGGGAGAGAAGUUUGCUACCCGUAAAGCUUAUGGUCUGGCUCUUGCAAAACUGGGUCACGCCUGUGACCGUGUGGUUGCUUUGGAUGGGGAUACAAAGAAUUCUACUUUCUCUGAGCUGUUCAAAAAAGAACACCCCAGCCGUUUCAUUGAGUGCUACAUCGCUGAACAAAACAUGGUGAGUGUUGGAGUUGGUUGUGCCACCCGUGACAGAAACAUUGUCUUUGCUAGCACCUUUGCCACAUUUUUCACCAGGGCAUAUGAUCAGAUCCGUAUGGCAGCCAUUUCUGAGAGCAACAUCAAUCUCUGUGGAUCUCACUGUGGUGUAUCCAUCGGUGAAGAUGGGCCUUCACAGAUGGGUCUGGAAGACUUAUGCAUGUUCCGUGCCAUUCCGAAUGCAACUGUAUUUUACCCUAGUGAUGCUGUAGCUACUGAGAAGGCAGUAGAAUUGGCUGCAAAUACCAAGGGCAUAUGUUUCAUAAGGACCAGUCGUCCAGAAAAUGCUGUGAUUUAUGGCAGCAAUGAGGACUUCCAUGUUGGACAAGCCAAGGUGGUGUUCAAGAGCAAGGAUGACCAGGUUACUGUUAUUGGAGCAGCAGUGACCCUGCAUGAAGCACUAGCUGCAGCUGAGCAACUGAAGAAAGAAAAAAUUUCCAUCAGAGUGAUUGACCCAUUCACUAUCAAACCUCUGGAUAAGAAAACUAUUCUUGAAAAUGCGAGAGCAACCAAAGGCAGAAUUAUCACUGUGGAAGACCAUUACUAUGAAGGUGGCAUUGGAGAAGCCGUCUCCGCUGCUGUGGUGGGAGAGCCGGGGAUCACCGUUACUCGCUUGGCCGUGUCCCACAUACCAAGAAGUGGAAAGCCAGCUGAGCUGCUUAGGAUGUUUGGCAUUGAUAAGGAAGCCAUCAUCCAGGCCGUGAAGGUGGCGGUGUCCAAAUCAAGAAAUGCAGAGUAGUUUGCAUCCAAUACCCACUGUGUUAUGCCAGAAGAGCAAUGUUUGGCCUUUUUGUUUUUGUUUUUUUUUAAAGAAGGAGUACUGUAACUUUCAAACACAUGCUUAAAACUGUAUGCAGAGAGUUUUAAAUGAAAGAGAGUUCUAAUAAAAAUAAAAGUUUUGGGAGAAAAAUAA